CCUGACAAAAAAGCAGCAGGAAACAGGAAACGUUCAGGCUCCUGUGAGCUGGGAGCCCCACACAGCAUCAUGCCUGAGAGGGGCCAAGGUAACUUGAGGGCUCCCGGCUUCCUUCUCAUCUUCUCUCUGCUGCUUGGGAAACACCGGGGUUUUGCUACAGAUUCAGAAUAUUCUGGAGAAGGGUCAUUUUCCAAAGAAGAAAUAAUCCCUACAAAUGAGGUAGAAUUGACUUCUAUCACAGAACAAGGAGAAGAUGAUUCCAGCCCGGGGAAUAGCUUCCAAAUUCCAACUACAUCUCCCUCACCUGUGUCAGAGAGUGUGUUGAGCCCAGAGUUUCUGCUAAUGGUGGGGGUCCCACUGGUGUUACUGCUCCUGCUGUCUUUGCUGGUGGUAUUCUUUGUAAGAUACAGUAAAAGAACAAAAUCCAAGCCAGUGCCUUCUAGUCAAGGAUCUCAAAGUGCUUUACAGUCAUAUGAACUAGGAAGUGAAAACAUCAAAAGCCCUAUUUUUGAAGAAGAUACACCCUCUGUCAUGGAAAUAGAAAUGGAAGAUCUGGAUAAAUGGAUGAACAGUAUAAACAGAAAUGCUGAAUGUGAAUGUCUGCCCACAGUCAGAGAAGAAGAGAAGGAGUCAAACCACAACGCCAGUGAUGCUGAAUCCUGAAGGUGAACAGUGUCCAUGUUUUUCCAAGAGGAACAACCCACAAGGGAGUCUGUAAAGCUUGCCAAUAGAGAAUGAAAUGGAUAAGAAUUUAAUUAAUUUCAAAUAACUGUAGACACAAGAACUUUUUCCCUUUCUCUUGCUGCGCCCACUCUUCAUAAUGCUGAUGACAUCACCUGGAUCUGGAGAGAUGUACAAAGGCAGACAUUCUGGAAAUGAGCUCUGGCUUCAGAAAUGAACUCUGGCUUCAAUCCACAAAUCCCCAAGGUCCUCUGCUGCUGGACUCUGCAGCCUGUGGUUGUCCUUUCUUCUUCUUCAACUUUCCAUUGACUAUGACAUGUGACUCUACCUCACUGUAUUCACCUGCGAGAAAUCUUUGCUAGCUUUUAGUUCUUCAUGGCUGGAAUCCAAUCCUUGGUUUUCUUUUACAUAUCGAUGAGUUUCUUUGGGUAACCUCAUUGCUUCACCUGUUUUACAUGUGUCUGUAGACCAUAUAAGUCUGAUGGUAGAUAAGGCUUCACUGAAUAGGUCAAUUGUGUCACAGAAUUGGCUCCAGCCAAAAUCAGGGUUUUAAUUUAAGAUAUAAUUUCUAUGAGAACUGAUAAAUCUGUUCAUAUUUAGCAGGUAACCCAUAAUUCUCCUGAAGCCCUGUAUUAUUUGUAGCCUAUCAUCACCAGAUCUAGCCAAGUUCCCUUAAACAGUCCUUGUGAAUUCAGGAAGGAGCUUGUAAUUUUAACAGUUCUUUUUGUUCUGAGGUUUCCCUUGAAGCAAAAAUCAUCUUCAGUUUUGGUCAGUUUUUUCCCCUAACUCAGGCAGGUUCUUAAGGUGCUGCUCACUAUUGGUGUUUAUACUAAUGGGAAGUGGGAGGGGGAAGAGAAGUGGGAGAGUAUCAGUGAACUUGUCCUUUCUAAUAAGCAAAGAAAAUAAAAUUCUGAGGGCUAAUUAAAUUACUAACAAAAGAUAAAACAAAGAAAGGAGGGGGAGGGAAGGAGGAAAAAGGAAAAGAAAGGAAGGGAGAAAGACAAAGAAAGGAAGGAAAGGAAGAGAUGGAGGGAAAGGAAGGAGGAAAGGAAGAAUUGAUUCAACCUUGACGCUUAAGGCAAUCCACUUUUCUAAGACAUGUGACAAUUUAUUUGAGGCAAGUCAUGAUGAAUGAUACUUUUAUAUAUUUUGCUAUCCAUGUACCUCCUGAGGGGCUGGUGGGCUGGUGAAACACUCUCGUGGGCUGCUGGAGUUCUAGUGCUUGUUUGUAAGACUGCCCUGAGGUAUAGUAAAGCAGCUGCCCCCUUUUCAUUGCCCACACAAGUACCUGCAUUCCUAACUAUGCUGAGAACUUGAAGGCAGAGUUCCAACCCCAUGGUGUCUUAUCUGUUUGCAUGCCGGGAGGUUAAUAAUCCUUUUCUCUCUCUACUCAACAGGGGAUGUCUUUCUAGUGUAAUUGUUUUCCCCUCUCUUGAAGCUAAAUCCCCAAGUCCAGUUCUGUAUUUUUUUUUCUUUCCUGACUGCUCAACCAGGUCCAAUUUAUUCAGUCUGCUAUUACAGAGAAUCUUAUGGACAACAGCAGCAAAAGCAUUCAAAAGCCCUGUCUUGGAUCUUUAGGGGUAAAAGACUUUUUCCUUAGUGAGAAUAGAAACUCCUGGAAAUAGGAUCGUGAACUGCGAUUUCAUCAGUAUAGAAAACUUGAAGAGGAAACUCUUCACUAAAGCAGGAGUGCACCUUCUCUUCCACUUGUAAGUCUUAUAGAAUUGCCUAGAUCACUGAGAGAUUAAGUUAUUUGCCCAGGAUCACAUUCGGAAAGAUCAUCACUCAUUGCAAAAAUGACUGAAAGCAUAUUGUGUCAUUUCAGACUUGGAAGAAAACCAAGUCUGGGUGCUCUUUUCUAUUUAAUCCAUUUGCCACACUCCCAAAUCCCUGGUGGCCUCAAUCUCCCCUGCUGUUCUAAAACACAUAGUUGUCCUUUGGUUUUCCCCAAACCUUAGAGUGUUCUAUUCUCUUUUAGUCCCCCUAUAGCCAGAGAAAUUCCAGGAUUUCAGUUCAUUGACAUAGGGUUUUAAAUGGGACAUAUUGCCUAUGGUUGGAUUUAAGAACCAACAUUUGCCUUAAAUUUCAUUUAAGAAGAGAAUAAGAUUGCUCAGGAAUAAGAACCAAAUGAAUAUUAUCUGAGAUUUACAUUUAGUUUUGAGUCAUAAGAUCAUAGAUCUGGAGAAGGAAAAGACUAAAGAAGCAGAUCUCUUCCCAUCUCUGAGGAAAUAAGCCCAACUCAGACAGGUAAUAGUCAUUUAAGGUGGGAUUUGGACCUAGAUAUUCAGACAUGAGAAACAGGGCUCUUUCUGUAGUCCUUAGAAAAUUUAUUCAAUAACAUUUUCCCUUCUUCUUUUCCCUUAGCGUUACUUACAUUUUCUUUUCUUUUACAUUCCAUAUACAUGUACAUAAUUACCAAGCAAGUUCUCAGGAGGCCAGCUCCCAGCUGGAGGAGAUUUUGAGAGGUGGGGCUGCUGGGGAUCAGUAUUGACAGGGAAUAACUAGAAUUAGCAGAUGGUUAUCACUUCUCACUUUUUCCCCCAGAGGAGGGAAAAAACCCAACAACUUCUAGGUCACUAGUUGUUCAGUCAUUUUCAAUCAUGUCUGACUCUUUAUGAUCCACUUUUAUUUAUUUGACUGUUGCCUUCACUUCCAAGAAAUAUAAAAGAAUAUUAAUAAUAUUAGCUAGCAUUUUAUAGCUUUUUAGAAUCUGCACAGCACUUUACACCUAUUCUAUUGUUUGAUUCUCACAACCAUCUUGGAGGUUGAUACCUUUAUUAUUUGUAAUGUUCUCUAAAGUGUAAUAUUCUCUGGGAGCAGGUUUCUUGGGGGGCUUCUGGAGGCAGCCUUCGUUUCAGUUCAGUAAAUACCCCAAAUGCAGCCAGGAGUAAAAGUCCAAAUCCUUUAUUGUCUCCUUCAAGGUCUUAUCUCCUUCACUUGGGGCUCAGCUAGUUUUCUGGAGGCCUUCUGUAGUCUUGAUUCCAAGAGCUUAAGCUGCCUUCUCUGGCUUCUAAAUCUACUCGACUGAAUCCUGACUGAGGCUCCAAGAGCUUCUAGUGGGCUUCUCCUUUCUGGCCCUGAGACCUCCUCUUUAUAUACCCCACAUUGAGUAUACACCAAUCAUUAUAUCACUAGGAAACUAUUAUUUGUUGUAGGAUUAAAUCUAUGCUAAACUAGAUUUAACCACUGUCUCCUCAAUUCCACUUACUUAGCACCUUAUAAGAAUCCUAACAAUUAUCCCCAUUUUAUAGAUGAAAAAAUUAAAUUUGAGAAAGGUCAGAUGACUUACCCAAGAUCACACUUUUAGUGUCUAAGACAGUAUUUGAAUUCAGCUCUUUCUGACUGUACCUACUGUAUCACUUAACUGCUAAUCAUUUUCUGGUUCUCAUGUUACUUAGAUCAACAUGAGAAAAAUCUGUAUAUUUCAUCAGGGUGGGUAUGCCCAUCACCAAGACACUCAUCAAUUCUUUCACGCCUUAAUAGAAUGGCUGUUAUGAGUUGCUAUGGCCAACAAAUAUGCACUAUUUGGUGUUGAUUUCUUCUGAACUUCUUGAGAUGGUCUUCAGGGGUCAGAUGUACAGUCUUUUGCUGGAUUUGGGCUCAAAGGCUUUUCUAGUUUAGUAGGACAUGUCAUAGUUUGUUCACAGCCAGCCUAGAUUUUGAGAACUCAGGGUCACUUCCAUUCCACUUUGAAGAAUCAAAGGAGGUCUAGAGUAGAGGCUUUCAUCUUCUGAAAUCAGACUUAGCAAAAUACAAAAAAAAAAAAAAAGAGAUUAUCUCUUUUAUCUAUUUAUUUAUCUAUUAUUGACAAGUUGUAGACUGAAAAAAAGGUGGGUGAUUAGGCCAUAGCAGAAGGGGCUAAAGAAUGUGGGGAUUUUUAACUUGGAAAAAACAAAGAUAUAGAUAAGUGGAGAUUUAGAAUAAAACAACCAGCACAGGAAAGGGUUUGGAGCUCAUACCAUAAAAGGAUAUGUUUAUCUCUGAUACUUCCUACUCUGUGACCUUGGACCAAUCACUUCAUAUUCUUGAGACAGCUUUCUUGGCUGCAAAAUGAAAGGGCUAGACAAUCUCAGGUUCCUUCUAGCUUUAGAUAAGAAAAAGGCUCUUUAGCUAGGAUUUAUGGACCUCCAAGGUGUCCCAUGAAUAAAUUUCUAUGGGUCCAUGAACUUGGGUGGGAAAUCUUGCACAUUUAUUUUCAAUAUAAUUGUUCUCCUUUGUAAUCUUAUUCAUUUUGUCUUAAACAUUUAAAAAUGUCAUUUGAAAAAGGAGCUCCUAGGUUUCCUCAGACUGCCCAAAAAGUUCAGGACACAAAAUAGGGGAAGAAACCUUACUCUAGAUCUAUGGGCUAGGAAUAUUUAACUUAAAGAAGAGAAGAUUUAGGGAAGAGUUGUAUUUGAAAGGCUAACACAUGAGAGGAAAUUGUGACUUUUUUUCUGCUUGGCUCCUGAGGUUAAAAUUAGGAAUGAAGAGUGAAAGUUGAGUGAAAUUCCAAUUUUAGAAUUAAUAUAACUAUAAAGACUUGGCUAAUACUUAUAUCUUGUUAUUCUUUGAUUCAUUUUGAAGUGCUUAUUCAGAGAGGGAGGAUUUGAUAUAAAUUCUCAUAGGGAGAUUUCUCACUUUCAGAAGAUGCCAACACAGGUCCUUGUGUUUGCUGCAUGGAAGGGAGUCCAAGGCAGAUUUGCCAUUAGGGCUAUUUCUUUGUGGUCCCCAACUAACCAGUUUAUACCAUAUGGAGUGAGAAUAGAGAAGAGGAAGGCAUUUGAUUUCUCCAGUUAGGCCUUGCAUGAAGGGACAGUUCUAAAAUUUGUCCUAUUUCCUUUUUUCUAAGUGGCAAAUUCCAUAAAAAAGCCAGAGCCUUGUGUGAAACAAAACCUUUUCUCAGCUAUUAAGCAGAUCUGGACCCUUUGCGUCAAUGUUCUCAUAAGAUACCGACAUUUCUAAAUCACAGGGCUUAAGGAAACAUUGUGAUCAUAAAUUUCUGCGGAAGAACAAAAUUAAGGGUACUAUAGGAAACUUAAUCGAUAAAUGGAGAGUAUGAUUUCUAAACAAAAGAGGAGAAUGUUUCCUUAGACACAAGUACACUGGAUUAUUUAUAAAAGCACUCAGAUCUCUAUUUUUUUUUAAAGUAAUCUACUGGGUUUGCACGUAAAGCAGCUUGUUUUCUACAGCAUGCCUGCACAUAAUGUGCUUCAUUUUCCUAUUGAGAAAACCACUUAAGGAGAGGCCUUGUGUUGUCAACUGAGGUGAAAUUGCUGGAACUGCAACAUUGGGAACAGAUGUGAAAAUUCAGCAUGUUUUAUAAAUACCAGCCUGCGGAAAGACCAGGAAUCACAUAAUCCUGGAAUGGAAAAAAAAAGAAAAAAGAAAACAAAAAACUUGAUACAAUAGGAAUUUUUUGUGUGUCUUCCUCAGUGACUAACAUGGUAUCUAGCAUGAAAGAUUAUAUGCACACCAAAUCUCAAAUCUUGUAUAAAACCAAAUAAAGGAUGAUCUUAAGGGGCUGAGACUUUCUGUAAUCUUUAGCCUUACAAACAGGAAAAUCCCAAUCAUUAACUCAGUGAGCCAAUCAAACAUGAAUUGAUCAUGUGGAGAAAAAGGUGAAAAUAAUUCCUUAAAAGUAAUUCAGUCUAUUUCAACCUUACAUUGGGCAUGCCAUUCAACUUUACUACUGAUUAUUAUCUUGAAAGCUAUUGACAAAUUUUAGCACGAACUGGACAAUGUGGAGCCUCUUGCGUUAUAGUGUGCUUGCAAAUAAUGUGUGUAUAUGCAAAUUGGGUUUCUUUUCUUUUAAAAUUUUCAUCUUGCCUUCCAACUUCCCAACUGUAUGCCAGAUUGCCAUAUGUUGUAAAACAGACUAACCUCAGCUGUUUAUUUGAUUAAAUGUGGCUGAGCACUAGUAGGCUAGGAAUUGCCUGUUGCGGAGCAAGGAAGGAUUCUUGAUCCUCUUCAGUGAGAUGAAAGCAUUUUAAAAGGAGGGACUGUUGUUCAUUUUUGCCUGUACAGGGGCUCGUACAUAGUAGGUACUUCAUACAUCCUUGCUGAAUUGAAUUUGACCUCUCAGAUUGAGAAGCAAAGCUGACUAUGAGGAAGGAAGCCUUGGCACUCCAGUUUCUUUGUUGUAACUGAAGGGAGCUCUUUAGAAUGGAAAGAGAAUUUAAAUACCAGACAUCAAGCAAAGACAUUUAUUAAACCCCAGACAGGGAGUAAAGGAUGCCUACAUCUCAAAGAGAACCCCUUUUGCUUUCUGGAAGGCUUUUGAUUUUAUAAUUACAUUCAGGUGAUAUAUAAAUACAGAUGGGGAAGCAAUGCCCAGGAGACAGAAGAAAAAAGUUUCUUGUCAGAAAGAAAAACCAUGGCUUUCUGAGAGAAUGGUUAGACUGAAGAACAAAUGGAAUUUGGCAAACUUGUCACUGUCCUUAUGUUGUUAUCUGUCCUAAACAAUCCAUGUGUGUGAGUGUGUGUGCGUUUAAUUGGAGAUGACAUUGUAAUUGUCUGAAAAAACCCUCAAUUUUUCAAGUUUGUAAUAAAAAAUGAAAAAGCCU